AGGACCACAUUUAGAACCUUUACCUUCCUGAUUAGUUUUCGCUUCCUUGCUCCCCCAAAAUGCACUAGAGUUACGAUUGGAAUUUCGAUUUUCAAGAAAUUUUAAAGGUUAAGUUGAUUCUGAUUGACAAAGUAUAUGCUUUUGUGUAUGAUAAGGAUUACAACAGUCACUGCGACUCUCAUCAAAAUGAAUUACUAUGACAAUAUGAAAAUGAGAAUGAUUUUCGUGCCCUCGUCGCUCUCGUCUGAUGAUGAAGCUAAGGCCUUGUGCUCUGUCCUGGUGCGUCGACGCGCACCUGCCGCAAUGUGCUUGGCCCAACAGUAACGACUCGCAUCCCCUGAGCGAAGACUUUGACUUCCGCGCUCCCUGGUGAGCCUGAGGCCGCCGCUGUCGACCCGCAACUUGCGGAAAAUAGCCACCUGAUACUGUAGUUGUAGCAGUUCUCGUCUUGGUGUGCAGCUGGUGUCCAAGAAGAACGGCAACGACCCCAACAGCUAAGAUGUUGCGCGCGCUCAAUUCUGCAACUUCUAGUGCGAAGAUGUGGUUCGCGGUCGAGGAGAAGGAUGUGCUCUAUAGUCACCGACAAGGAGCAGAAGGACACACACAACAACGACAACCGAGCAUCAUGUUGAUGAUUGAAUCGUGAAGAGCACGACGUCGAGAAAUUUCCACAGUCCUGGUUCUCGCGGCAAUAGAACUCCUGUCAGUUUCCUAAGUUACCUACCAGGAGCUCGAGCGACACGACAAACAGCUCUGCCCGACCGAUAGCAAAAUGUUGGUCUGUCUCUGGGUGACGGGUUUCAUGCUGAUCAGCGUGCUGAUCCGGUAUGCGCCGAAGUGUUGCACCUGUUGCGACUGCCUCAAGAAGCGGUGGUUCUGGCUGCAUUUCGGCACGCAGUUCUUCUUCUACGUACGGGAAUUGCUGAUUCUGUCCCUGUUCGUCGGCUGGACGCGGUUGAUGAUCGCCGUGCACAUCGCCAUGACCUUUGUCAUGCUCGUCACCUUUGUCGAACUAUGGCAACUGUCGCACCUGCGGAAGUACGCGCCAAAGGCCAUUGACCAGAUCAUGGACAUGGUGCUUCUUCCGGCGAACUACGGAUUGCUCAUGGCCCACACGGUUCGGAUCCUCGGUCAGCAGCUGGAAGGGGGCCAACACAACGUCGAGCGAGAGUUCCUGAGUCGCUUCUUUGGGGAAUCCUACGAUACAACCGGAGGUCAACAUCUUGGUGGAAGUGGUAGUACGGGCAGCACUACCAGUCCCCUACAAUCGACGACGAUGUUUGCAGCACAGGACAGCAGCAGCUUUUACAAUACUCAUCCUGCGUCUUCUGCUUCCUCCUACUUCAUCAGUCUGGAUGACCCCUUCGCGGGCGAGCGCGACGCCGCGCGUCUGGCCGUUGCGGACACGACUAUCCAGACAGCGGACAUUAUGGAUCUGUCAGGAUUGAAAUCGUCAAAGUUGAAAUGAUUUGUCAUGCAUAAAAUGCAAGGCAUGAAGUGCCUGUCUUGCCGGGAUGGCAAGUGAGGCAGAUUGUGAGCCUAUUUAGGGUUUGGGAUAGAGCUGCUGAAGGAGCAUGACAAAAGCCGUCUUCUGUGCCCAAACAGCAUGACAAACUGGAUUCCGGUGCUCCGAAAAUUUGUCAUGCGCCGCUUGAAAAUUGGGCUUCCGACUGGUAUCCAUUUUAUGCAUGACAAAUCAUUUCAACUUUGUCGAUUUCAAACCUGACGCUUCCAUAGACAUUUGGGAAGCCUGGGCCCUGUGGAGCGUGCUGACCAUGUUCACGGGCAUCGUAGACAACUUGUCGAAAAAUCCGAACCCCAGCCGCGUGACGCGAAUCAGUCCUCGGGGCAUGCUGUCCAGCCGUCACAGCUCCCCGUUGGAAGAGCCUCUACUGGCGGGCUCUACUGGUACUGCGAUGAUCGGCGCAACAGGAGGUGCAGCAGGAGCGUCGGCAGCUGCAUUACGACCGCGGCCAGGCGCGGCAACAUCGCCGAACUCGCCUUCCGGUCGGGAACAGUUCACCAUCACCAACCGCGACGACUUUUAUGUGAGUGGCGGAAGGACGACGACCACGCUCGGCGCAGCGGGAACUAUGGCUUCUUCCCCGGGCGCGGGCUUGAGCUUGCAGGACCGCGCGGUGACCUCGUUUCAGCGGUUCUGCUUCGCGGUGCUGCAGCUUUACGUGCUGGCCAGCAUGUUGUCAAACAUCCUGCAGGUGAUCGUCAAGGGGCUUCUCGGGAUCCAUUUUCCAACCUUGUGCCCGUACUUACUGCAGUCUUGUGAGUAUACGUGUGUCACCUGGUGGGACACGUACGUUGGGCCGUACCAGGCACUGAUCCUGUCGCUCUUCUGUUGGGCCGCGAUCUACGCAGUGUUCGUCUUCGAGGGCGCUUUUCACGGUGAGUUGUCCCUGGUCGAUCCCUUCUGGAAAUUUUUCGGCGUCAAGGGGGUCGUCUCUGUCACCUGGACCCAAUGGCUGAUCGUGCGCUACGUGAUUUGCGGCUACUAUCUGCAGUGGGAGGCGUACUACUUGUACGCCUUUCUGACCGUGCUCGAAGUGCCGAUUUUGGCCAUUGUGCACGCGUUCUUCGCGUACCCGGUGCACAAUGUGUAUUUGAGCGUCUCACCAGAGGCCGCGACGCAAUGGCUCACAGAGCAGAGCAAGGGUGCCGGUGGUGGCGCACCACUACAACCGCCACCAGGAACUACAUCGGGAAACACGAAGUUAGCCAUGACAGCUUCAUCUUCUGCAACUACUUCCUCCUUCUACCGGGUCCCGCCCGCGCUCACUCGAAACGACAGCAAAAGCACCAACAACAGCAAGCCGGGCACCACCGUGAGCUCGCCGGCCGAGGAGCUUUUCGUCCCUCAGAAUCCGCCCCGGUAUCCGCCCCAAGGCUUGGACGACUUCGUGGUCGGGACUACCUUGAACUUCCAGGAGAAUCCGAACGAGCAGCACCUGGUGCCGCUGCGCCAGUACGUGUACGCGACAGUCUAUGGGAGCGUCAGGAUUGAAAUCGACAAAGUUGAAAUGAUUUGUCAUGCAUAAAAUGCAUACCAGUCGGAAGCCCAAUUUCCAAGCGGCGCAUGACAAACUUUCGGAGCAACGGAAUCCAAUUUGUCAUGCUGUUUGAGCUCAGAAGGCUGCUUUUGUCAUGCUCCUUUAGCAGCUCCAUCCCAAAUUCUAAAUAGGCUCACAAUCUGCCUCAAUUGCCAUCCCUGCAAGAGAGGCGCUUCAGGUCUUGCAGUUUAUGCAUGAGAAAAUAUUUCAACUUUGACGAUUUCGAUCCUGACGCUUCCAUACGGUCAUGUCGCGGUCCCCGGAGGACAUCCGCGCCGCGCCCAACAAGCGCAUCGUGUUUGCGACGGAUACCUGGAUUCGGUACCUGAUCGAGAGCAGCAGCGCCGCGGCCGCAGACUCGAAGAGCGGGAGUCGCGUCAAACUCGCUCGGUCAAGAACCUCCUCGAGACCGCGACGGUGGCGGGAAGCUGCAACCACGGCAGCAGCGGCCUCAAGUAGAACAGCAGCUUCCAUGCGGGAGCAGCAUGGAGGUGCAACGAGUUCGACGCGGACUCUAGAGCAGACUGGUCGUGGGCGGUUCAGCAGCGCACCCGCAGACGGGUUUUCUUUCAUGGCCGGAGAACACGAAAGCAAAAAGCAGGUGGGAACAUCAAAUAGCGCUAGCAAUACGGCCAGCAGCUCCUCGAGCUAUUUCGAUCUCGCGACGGCCGCUGCGCAUGGGGGACGAGAUGAUGCGGCAUUUACAGGGGUACCACCAGGUGGCGGCCCCACCCCCGCAGGAGCGGAAAGCGGUCGCAUGACAAGAAGAAGGGAUCAAAAAGUCACGGUCAGGUCUGUGGAGCGGGACCAAAGUCGAAGCGAAGAUUCCGGCAACGAUGACGGUGCGGAAAAGCCACGUAUGCUCACGACGGAACGGGCGGGUUCGUCGAAUGUUUUGGGGAUAGUCUUGAGCAGCGCGUCCUCAUCUGAUGGCGCAGACGACGAAGGGGCUCACGGCAGCGAUGAGCCGGGAGACAUAUCCAGCGCCGGAGCUGCACCGCGACCAUUGUUCUUGCGAAUCAGCGAUCGGCUCUGUGCCUGUUUCCGGGGCGGUUGCUUUGGAAAGGAUUCGUCCAGUAGUUCCUCUGCGCCAGCAUCUGCUUUCUCCGAGCCAAAAUCUGACAUGGUUAUUCUGGAUCAGAAUAGAGAUGGCACCCGUAAUGGUAAUGGAGACGAGGUCCACCCGGAAGAUCUUGAAGACAGUGGUACGAGUUCUUCGUCGCGUCUUGGCAGAGUCCUUUCAUGGUUUGCCGCGCCGUUUGUUUCCUGUUUCUCUUGCUGCAGGAGCAAACAAUCGUCAACUUCCUCGUCCUGCCUUCCCUGGCUGUCUGCAUCAGACGCGGCCGGACGUCGGACCAGCAUCGCACCGCAGACCAGCGAUACAGCCACCACCUCCACCACGACGACUUGCUGCUCGCGCAUUUUGACCGCUCGGCGCGUGCGGAACUGCCGCAAGUUUCUGAAGCGCAGCGUGAUCUCAGUCGUGGUGUCCUUCGUUCUGGUUCUGUUCAUGCUGUACACGCUGCAGCCCGACAACCGCGAGGACGUGGGAAACGCGUAUUGGUACAACGUGGAAUGCAAAGGCGCUUUUCCGGCCGUUCCCCACACUUCGGUGAUCGACGCGCAGGAGAACGGCAUCUGCAGUAAGACACAGCUCGCCUGCAACAUCGGCUACCGUGGGCAGCCGACCGUGACCUGCAAUCCGUCGCUGGUGUACGACGUGGCGGGCACGUAUCCAGAAAAAAGCACCCAUCCCCAUCCUUUUUUUGCAUGACAAACACUACUUGCGAUGCAUGUUUUGCAUGACAAAUUGGAUGGGGAUGGGUGUUUUGGCCUGGAUGGCACGUGCGCGGUGGUCGGGUGCGGGGCCCCGCCGAGAAUACCCAACGCGAACCCGAUCUACAAGGUGGACCCCGGCGACCACACAAGGCGGGGAACCAUGCACCUGGACAAUGGGUACCACUCGCUGAAUGACAAAUUUGUGUGGACCGCGGGGGAGGUGGUGCACUACACUUGCAACCCCGGUUACACGGGCAGCGUGCAAGCGCGGUGCUCCGUCAGCGGUGCGUUUACCAUUGAGGGCGGUUGCGAUUUGGUCGGUUGCGGGGUCCACCCUCCGCAACUACAACACGCUCGUGCCAUCGUGAAGACCAAUGACCAGCACCCGAUGAACUACGCUGGUGGUGUAACAAGUGCUAGCGCGGCGGCUCCGGCGGCGGCCAACGAAAAAAGCCAAAGCGACGACCUCGCACAAGAGAAGCAGCAUGCUCAAGCGAUGCAACAGGAACAGCGACAGGACACAAAGGGAAACCAUCUGCCAGCAAGUGAAGCUGUCCCAACAUCUGGAUUGCCUGAGCAUCCGAUAAAUAGAACUGCCGGUGCCGCCGCCCAACUACAGAGCACUUCGAUCAUUCUAACAGAGAGAAUACCACACGCCUUUUCGGAGACUUCCGCGAUAGAAGAACAGGCCACUUCCGCACCAUCGGCAGACAAGAACGCGAGCCGCGCAGACCACGACCAUCACCUCGUGUUGAAGAGUUCCUACGCCGGUGAACGAAUCGCCUUUGUUUGCGAACUUGGGUAUACUGGCUCACCAGUUGCGGAGUGUCAAAACGAUGGCAACUGGAUCGCUACGGAUACCUGUCGCUUCUUCACCACGACCUUGGGCUGCCAGUGCGAGCCUCAAUGGGUGAACUGCGAUGACUGGCUUCUUGGAGCAAACUGCUUCCUCAAUUACGGAUGCAAGCACGCAGGGUAACAAGUAAGUCUAUACGUACAAGUACAACAAGCUAGUACUUGUUGACUUUUGGUGCCGAUAACGAACAUCACACUGUGCUCUGACGUCGAGGGCGGCACUUGCAUAAGAUCAACAAGAAUUCGUUACGUAUAAAAGUGAAAGUCCUUCUUGUUCUUGAAAGAAAACCCAACCCUUUUUUUACAGGCGUUCCUACCAGUGGUGCGCCGUGGACCCGAUUUCCUGUCCAGAGAGCUCCGCGUUGUCACUUCUAGGAUUCCAUUGGUAUCCGCGUUGGGACUACUGCGUUGACGCUAAUGAAAGUGCGGAGGAGCACCACCGCGUGGCCGUCCCCUCUCGCGGGUUUGACCCGCUGGCCUGGGUGGACGAAGCCUUCGCGUUCGAAGGAGCUGCAGCCUUUCUCCCGAUGCUGUUUCUGGUCGCCCUCGCGUUUCUGUUGCUCGGCGCCGCAUGCGGCUCGUCCCGCGGCGAGUCGGUCGGGGACGGUGUCACCACCAUCGGUGGAAGCGAAUAUGGUACUUCUUUACAACUUGAUGUUCCUUUAUUUAUCAACAAAUUCGACUUGGCGGCACCAUAGGCAUUUGUAGGCCACAUGGACAUGAUGAUUCUCCUUGAAAACUCCUCGCAAGUAUCGAUUUUACAGGUGGUUCUCCCGGUGCGCCCCCGAGCGGAGCGCGCGGCCAAGGUGGUUCUUACGCCGAGGCGUCGGUCGACCGCUCGGACUCCUCGCCGGGGAGCCGCUUACCUAUCUGGUCGAGGCUAUUCUCCCCCUGGAGCAUGAAAUCCAGCGAGGCCCGCGAGGCCCAGUCUCCGUUGUCUGUCCUCGACGAGGUUGCAGCGGAUCGACAAGGGCUUUUGUCCGAGCCGCGAGUUGGCCUCCAAGACAGCAGCGUCGAUCUCGAAAAAAACUUGCUCGAAGUGGAACAGCAGGAGCGGGGGGAGCAGCGAAGUGGUAGCGUGCGCGAAGAUGAAGCCCUAGUAGUUCCACUGCUUGGCGCAAGACUGUCGCUCGAAGACCGCGACACAACGAAAGAAAAGCAAACCGGUCGUGAAGGCACAGCAGGCACAGAGGAAGCCGUAGCAGGACCUGAGCACACCGACAACGCGGGCGAAGAUGCGGGCACGAAUUCUCACUACGUUCCACCCCCUCCAUUUCCGCAAUCUGUGUCAGUCCACUUUGAAGUAGAGCAAACGCCUGAAGAACCCGUCGCAACGGCAUUGCAUCUCGGUGCAGCAGGCGAGCAUUUUCACGAGCAGGAGCACGUGCAUUUACAACUCGGCACUGUUGACGGUGUACUUGGAGGAGAACAGAGCAGCCUCGGUGCGCCGGCAGUAGAACAGAACAGCCUGAUCCUCGACUCCUCCACGACACCCCCCGCUGCAGUUUCAGCCGCAAUAGGCCCAAGUGUCGAUACUGCCAUCGCCGACGCCGCCAACACUGCAGUUUGUGACGAUGGCUUUGCGCGUGGCGCUCCGGAAGACGCUGAAGCAGAAGAUGCAGCAACAAGACCAGAAACAACUUCAUCAGGAGCAGCGGACACUAGUGCUGCCGCUGCACUUUCUCCGCCACAAAGUUCGGCUGCAGGGGCACAUCAUCUCCCAGACGAGGCACACGAAGACCCGCGAGUUGUACGGAAAUACGACCAGGCUCUGGCCGCGGACUCUCGUCUAGCUGAUCACAUUUUCGCGCACACUUCUUCACCAGCGACACGCUCUGCCGAAGAGCAUCAGCGAAAUACUGGUGAACUACAGGACGAGCACUUGAAUCUCCUUGCUCCCGGUGUUGAGGCACUUGUACCCGCCUUGGACGACGAGGAAGCGCCAACGUCCGUAAUAGGGGCAGCCACAGUCUCAGUACCGGAACAGCAGGCGUUUCCCCUGGGCGCCGGCGUCGCGCGUGCUGAAUUUAUCACUUCUGAUCCGCAAGACAUUGUUGAGAGCAAGCUUCCUGACGGAGUAGAUGCUGCCACCAGUGGUCUGGUGCGAAAGAAGAAGAUAAAAUCGAAAUCCUCCGGAAGCCUUUCCAGUGCACGAUCCUCGCAGGACAGCGUCGCACCGCGCCCGAAAACGACACCAUUGGCAGGUGCGCGCGCAGGCACACCUUCGUCCAGGAGUGUGCGUGACGGAACAGCGGUCACUUCUACAUCCACUCGUCGCAGCCCGGCGCCUGCAAAGGGCUCAUCCCCACGACCCUCAGGUGGUAGUACAUCUAGCAAUGCAAUGGUCCGGAGCAGCGCUGCCUCUGCAAGCGCUGAGGCCCUGGCGAAAAUCUCGGCUCGGCGACCACCCGUCGCUCGGGGAUCUUCUGGAUUUUCCGCCUCGUCGGCCAUCAAAGGAGGACCCUCGUCGAGUGUUGCUCUUGGUGCGACGAGAAGUAAGGCUAGUCCAACUUUUUCACCGAAACCCAGCACCAGCAGCAGGAUUUCGUCGUCCCCGAGUCCGCCGCCAUCACCACCCCCGACGGGAACGCGAACGACGGGCCUAGCAGGAGGUGUUCCGUCCUCAGCUGGUAACAAGAAGUCGAGCAGCAAACUGUCGCAAGCCAGAAGAUCAGCAUCACCAAUGCCAGGCGCUGCAGCGUCGUCAUCCUCGAAAAAGAGCGCAAGGAAAUCCCCACCAACGUCGUCGGCCCGAUUACGAAGCCCGGGCAGAACUCGCGAGCAUGGCGGUCAAGACGAUGCAACAAAUGGCGACGAUAACUAGAAUCUUUGGCACAAGAUAACCGGCUCCAGUAAUUGUGUCCUGUGUGAUGAUUGAGGAAGUACCUGUUACGGGAGCGGUUGCUAUUGAAGUAGAUGAUGAAAGCUGCAAGAUGUACAUGGGCAGUCGGUGGAACAAGCAGAACGUGGUGCAGCAAGAACGGUAGCUUCUAGCGCUAAGCCGCGUGUGAAAGACCUGUCGCUUGGCCUUUGCUACAACUACAGAAGAAAUUAGCGAUUUUCGUUUCUGGAAACAGAAGCAAAAAACUGUGAAGAAAUUGUUGCGAAACUUGAAACAAAAAAGCGCUCUCCUCCGUGUCGUGAUGACGCCGCCAAUAUGCACAUGCUGCCAGUACACGAAGAGCCACGAACCACAGUGAGAAACAAGCGCAUAGUCAUAGAAAGCCGCACGCUUCGCCUUCAAAGCCAUAAGCUUCAGAAGAGACAGAAGGACCUCGAUCUUCCUUCUUCUGGAUUUCAUUCGUCGACCGCCACUGCGAGGAAAGAAAAAAUACAUUUGUCAUGUUGUGUGUCAUACGUUGGAAAGGAAAGAAAGCACAGGAAAAAGAUGCACAUGCUAAAAUCUGCUUCCGAUGCACCAACAUGUCUGGUUGACAACGACUUCUUACGCUAGCGUGAAAAUCUGCUGCAGAUCGCGCUGUGCGGAGAGUCUUUUCUAGUGUAUGAUGUACAGAUACGAGACAAGAAGAGAGCAGCUACUUACAUUUUCUCUGACAUCAACCUGAUUGACAGGUUUGAGAU